UAUUUCCAGAGUGAAUAAUCCAAAAUGUCGGAGAUCGCUACCUCGCCCUCGGCAAACCUCUCCGAUACGGAACCUGAGACUCCGAACAGCAGGGUUGGGCGUGAUGGACGACGAGGAUUAGAUCGUGAAUCGUCUCCCGGACUUGAUCUUCCAGCUUUCGAGGAUGAGGAGGGUCGGGACGAUAUUGAAGAGGACGAAGAGGAGGGGGAGAAUCUGUUUGGAGAUGAUAUGCUGAACGAUUAUAGAGAGAUGCCAGCGCUUGACAGGUUUGAUCCUGAGAUGCUUGAUGACGAUGAGUACGAGGCAAUGACUGAAGGGGACCGGCAGGCAGCUGAAGCUCUCAUGAAACGGCGGGAUCGUGAGGAGGGACGAGAAGGACGACUGCGACGAGGAUUGCUCUACGACGAUGAUGAUGAUGAUGACGAAGGAAUGACUAAAGUUAAACGUCGUCGUGCCGCAGAAAUGGCCGCCAUGGAAGAUGAGCCAAUGUUUGAUGAAGGAGAUGAAAGUGUAGAGAACCUGGAAGAUACAAAGGGAAGACCAGUUAGGGAGUGGGUUGUAAUGACUGCUCCUCGUCGUGAGAUAAAAAACCGGUUCAAGAACUUGUUGAGAACCUAUGUUGACGCGAAAGGAAACAAUCUGUAUCAUCGUCUUAUCCAGGAUAUGUGUUCAGCUAACAAAUCCAGCUUUGAGGUUGAUUAUAAUAUUUUGAGUGCUAACUGCUAUGUCCUCGCAUAUUUCCUGCCGGAGGCUCCAACCGAGAUGCUGCAGAUCUUCGACGAGGCCGCAAAGGAAGUAGUGAUGAGCCUGUAUCCUUACUAUGACCGGAUCACCAAAGAAAUUCACGUGAGAAUAUCGGAGCUUCCGCUUAUCGAUGAACUGAGACAGCUUCGGCAACGCCAUCUCAACCUGUUAAUCCGGACAAAUGGUGUAGUAUCGGCUACUACCCCUGUUCUCCCCCAGCUAUAUAUGGUGAAGUUUGACUGCACCAAGUGUGGAUAUAUUCUAGGACCUUUCUACCAGAAUCAGGAGAAAGAGGUGAAUCCUGGAACAUGUCCUGAAUGUCAGUCUCAAGGUCCCUUUGCUAUAAACCAGGAAGUGUCCCUUUACAAGAACUAUCAGAGAAUUACUAUUCAGGAGGCACCAGGGAAAAUCUCAGCCGGUCGUCUGCCAAGAUCUAAGGAUUCGAUCCUCACAGGAGAUCUCUGCGAUCGUUGCAAACCCGGAGAUGAAAUUGAGAUCACAGGUGUGUACAGUAAUCAGUAUGACAGCUCCCUGAACACCAGGCAGGGGUUCCCUGUAUUUACAACCAUUAUCAUGGCAAAUCAUAUUCUUAAGAAGGACGAAGCAUCGGAGGCCGACCGUCUCACAGACGAGGACAUCAAGGCCAUCAAUGCACUAUCCAAGGAUGAGACUAUUGGAGAGCGUAUCAUUGCUAGCAUUGCGCCUUCUGUGUUUGGUCACGAUGAUAUCAAGCGGGCGCUAGCUCUGUCUCUGUUUGGAGGUGUGAGCAAAAACCCUGGAGAGAAACAUAAGAUUCGUGGGGAUAUUAAUGUUCUUCUAUGCGGAGAUCCUGGAACUGCAAAAUCCCAGUUCUUGAAAUAUAUUCAGAAUAUUGCUCCGAGGGCGGUGUUCAGUACGGGGCAGGGCGCCUCCGCUGUCGGUUUAACCGCCUACGUGGCCCGGUCCCCCGUGACCAAGGAGUGGACCUUGGAGGCUGGUGCGCUAGUGUUAGCCGACAAGGGAGUUUGUCUGAUUGACGAGUUUGACAAGAUGAAUGAUCAGGAUAGAACCAGUAUUCACGAGGCUAUGGAACAGCAGAGUAUUAGUAUCAGUAAGGCUGGUAUUGUCACCAGUCUCCAGGCUAGGUGUUCUGUCAUUGCCGCUGCUAAUCCCAUCGGAGGAAGAUACGAUACAAGCAUGACUUUCAGCGAGAAUGUAGAUCUGACUGAACCUAUUCUCUCCAGGUUUGAUAUUCUCUGUGUGGUCAAGGAUACAGUGGAUCCUAUUUUAGAUGAAAACCUGGCUAAGUUUGUCGUAGGCAGCCACAUGAGAUCCCAUCCUCAGGCUGACGAGGCUGAUGUGGAGAACAUGAGGAAAAUAGAGGCUGAACUGGAGAACACAAGCAGCCUUGCUCACGUUCAGAAAAUCCCCCAGGACCUUCUCAAGAAAUAUAUCCUCUACGCUAGAGAGAAGAUCCAUCCCAAACUGCAUCAGAUGGAUCAGGAUAAGGUUGCCAAGGUUUACAGUGAACUAAGAAGAGAGAGUAUGUCUACUGGUAGUGUACCUAUCACAGUGCGUCAUAUUGAAUCUAUGCUCCGUAUGGCGGAGGCAAAUGCUAAGAUGCAUCUUCGUGAACUUGUCACCCAGGACGAUAUCAGUAUGGCGAUCAGAGUCACACUUGAGGCUUUUAUCAGCACACAGAAGCAUAGUGUAAGCAAGAGUAUGUCUAGAACAUUUGCCAAAUAUAUGACCUUCAAGAAGGAUAACAACGAGCUCCUUCUUUACUUGCUCCGAGGACUUGCCAACGAUCACGCCACCUACAUGAGGAACAGAUACGGGAGCUCCGAGGUAUCAUUGGUUGAGAUCAACGAGAAGGAUUUGGCGGAUAAAGCCAGAGGGAUUAACAUUCAAAAUCUUCAACCUUUCUUUAACUCGCAAAUCUUCAAGGCGAACAACUUCAGCUACGAUGAAAAAAGGAAAUUGAUCCAACAGAGGCUGUAGAGAAAUCAAAAAAUCUUAAAAGUACAAUUCCUCUGGAAAUAUUACGCUUAUGAAACUUAAGUUUCAUCAUAAAUUGUAAAGUAAUCGGGGAAAAAAGUACAAUUUAUGAUGCCUUAGAAAAUAUUACGCUUUUACGAUGUAUAAUCUGAACAAAUUAUUACGCUUACUGAAACCCAAAUUAACAGAAACUGUGGUUAAUAUAUUUUUACCAGUAUUUACUCUUUUUUACAGAAUUUUAUAUGAAUAAAAACUUAUUCAUUUACU